GAAGAGACAGUAGGAAGUGUUUGCUCUUUUGUACCUGCUGUGACUCAGAAGAUUACAGUAAAUGUCAUUACAUCUCUUUUUGCGAACUUUAUUCGCUCACAAAAGCCCAAAAGAAAAACGUCUGUUGGUAAGAAAGCAAUGAAGUCUUUUCAUUCUCUCAAAGGAGUGCUCAAGACUGAUUCGGUUAAUGUGAUGUGCAGCCCAGGAUCUGAGGGACACGGAGAGGAUCCGUCUGUGGAGAACAUCUACUGCAGAGGUGCAGUCACUGAAGUGCUCAAGUAUGGUCCAACAGACCUGCACGCUGCCAGGAAAGGCCCAAACCCUCCCAAAAUGCUCAUUCUCAUCAUUCCAGGUAACCCAGGUGUGGUGGGCUUCUACAAGACAUACAUGUGGACCCUGUAUCAGACAUUCCUUAGAAGGUAUCCAGUCUGGGCUGUGAGCCAUGCCGGACACUGUAUGCCUCCAGACACCUUCGAUAUGAUUGAAGAUGCAUCUGUGGCUGAGAAGGAGGAUGUUUUCGGGCUUGAUGGACAGAUCGAACACAAGCUGACCUUCCUUCGCAAGCAUGUGCCUCGAGAGACAACUCUGCUGCUGAUUGGUCACUCGAUCGGCUGCUACAUUAUCCUGGAGAUGAUGAAGAGAGACCCAGAGCUGAAGGUUUUGAAGGCCGUGAUGCUGUUCCCCACCAUCGAGCGCAUGGCCUGUAGCCCUCAGGGGAAGCUCAUGACCCCUUUGCUCUGUCAUCUUCGGUACGCCGUAUAUCUGCCCAUCUUCUUGCUGUCCCUGCUGCCCGAGAGGCUGAAAGCUGAAAUUGUGCGUCUAGCCAUGGGGAAUUUAUACUCGCUGGACACCUCCAUCGUACCAGCCACCGUCAGCCUCAUCAAUGUAGACUGUGCUGCUAAUGCUAUGUAUAUGGGAGGCCAAGAAAUGAGACUUGUGGUAAAAAGAGAUGACUCAACCAUACGUCAACACCUCAGAAAGCUUAUUUUUUACUAUGGAGCUACGGACCACUGGUGCCCCGUGCAGUAUUACCAAGAUAUCCAAAGGGACUUCCCUGAAGGUGACAUUCGUCUGUGUGAGAGGGGCAUCCGACAUGCAUUCGUCCUGGAUGCGGGAGAGGAAGUGGCCAACAUGACGGCACAGUGGAUCUGCGAUGAUCUGAGGACUCUGUGACUAUAAGAUUAACAUUUCAUUCCAAUGCAGUUUAAUGGAUGAUGACAAGAUCAUGCAAAAGUUAUUAUUUGGGUGCUUGAAUAUACUGUCUGUGAUCAUAAAUUGCACUAAUUUUAGCACUGUUAAGGGCCGUUCACAUUAUAACGUUAACUAUAAGGCGCAAAUCAUUGACCUUCAAUGGCAUUAACUAAUAUUGCAUGUUUUUUUUUUACUAAAAACGCUCGUAAUUAAGUAAUAAGUAUGCUGUUCUUGUUGCAUUUACACAGCGGGUAUAACCAGCAGAUGUCCUCAACACGCCGCGUUUAACUGUAAACAGUGAAUCUAAUAGUUUGUGAAAUCUAAUAUCUUACAUUUGGCAUAGUCAAUGUAGUAGAAAAAAGCAUUACAUGGUGAAUUUCACAGCAACUGGAUACCUGAGGUAAUAUUAAGCUAUAACUUAACCCCAGCAAUGAGCUUCUCCACUGUGUCAUCUGUCAUUAAAUGUGCGUGCACUUGAAAUUUAAAUAGAUUUGAUUGGUCGUCAAUGGUUUAUCGUUCACCAGUUAGAAACAAAAAAUCGCUCAGAAAGUGAUCCAAAUGAUAUAGUUCAUUGUAUCUUUAUCGUUGUAGUUGUGGUGUGAACUCUGCUAUUCUUUUUAAUAUAAAAAGAUUUAUAAAACCAUAUUUGUAUAGUUAUCGUUAUAAUGUGAACGGACUUUUAAAGGGAUAUUCCAGCGAAAAAUGAGAAUGACCCCAUGAUUUACUCAAACGGUACAUGAUUGUCUUUUUACAGACGAAGACAAUCGGGGUUAUAUUAAAAAAAUGUCAGGGUUCCCGUCGGACAUGGAAUUUCUGAAAUAUCAUAUCAUGAAAUAGGGAACCAAUCACAGAACGGGGAGGUGGCACCAAGACGAUGACGACGUCUAUCGACACACCGAUUGUCUAUGAGCUACGUGCAGACGCAUUUGAUAGACAUUCGUAGCGCCCAAUAAACGGCAUAGGGAACCAAUCACAGAACGGGGAGGAGGCAGCAAGAUGAUGACGUCUAUGCGACACACCGAUUGGCAAUGAGCUACGUACAGAUGCAUUUGAUAGACAUUCGUAGCACCCAAUAAACCGCAUAGGGAACCAAUCACAGAACGGGGAGGGGCAUUAUAAAUUCUGUGCUGCAUCCUUGUCACUUUGCAGAGAUUUUUGCCGUUUUGAUAGUGUUUUGAUCAUGUUGAUCAUCUGAGCACGCUCACUAGCUCUUUGCUGUUGCUGCUGCGUGUAAGAAACGCUCACAAUAUUUCCAAACCCCAGUACGGUAAUGUGCAGUUAACCUCCUUUGUGUAGAAAAUGUAUGGUUUAAAAUGUGUCUCAACGUUAUAUUAGUAGAGAUUUCUGGAUUCAUCUUUUUGGUACAACGCCAAAGUUCGCCAGAGUUCACGGGGGCGCGGAAUCACACAUAUUCAUAUGAGGUGAAAUUUAAUGCAAAAAUCGGUUCCUCUAAUAAUUUUAUCUAAACAUAUUUUUUUUUAUUAUUAUUGAACAUUAAAAUCAAUUGCGUGGCUAUAGCUUAUGUCAUUUUCAUUGUUUAUAUACUUUAUGGAUUUAAAAUCACAUUAAUUUCAUAGGAUCAUGCAGUUGUUGUGCAAAAUGCAUUAAUGACACAAUUAAAAAAGUCAUUAAACAGAACGUAAAUAAACAAAACAUGCCGUUUUAGAUGUAAAUAUGAUGCCAAUAUGUCAUUAUUCCGAUUGAUUAGUAUUUGAUAAAAGUUAGUCAACACUUUUAUUUUGGAGGUUUUUGCAUGAAGGCGCUCAGAUUGUAAGAAAUGUAUGUGCCAUGCAAAAGAUUGAAAGCUCUAUAAUAUAUUUCGUUUGAUGUCUGUGUAUGCACAAAUUUCUUUGAGCUAUGCACACUGUGCCCCCUUAAAAAAAUUGGUGCAUGACGCCCCUGGGUAGCACCAACGUAAAGGUACAUUAUCGCCACCUAACUUACUCUUGUCAAAGAUUAUAGAAGCCACUCCAACACAGUAGGUGGCAAUAAUGGACCGAAAGCUAGUUAUUUUGGUUCAUAAAGUUUACAAUAUUGGCGUUAUUCUAAAAAAAAUUACUUCUGUUUUGGCUUUAAAGUCAAGUUGUUCCCUGGUCUCUGUUCACUAUCAUGAAGCUUGGAAGAGCAAGGACAUUUUCUAAUAUAACUGCGAUUGUGUUUGUCUGGAUAAAGAGAAUCAUGUACAUUGAGGAUUGCUUGAGGGUGAGUAAAUCAUGGGGUAAUUUUAAUUUUUCGUUGAAGUAUCCCUUUAAUUUGUAUUAGAAAAUGUAAACUUACACUAACAAAAAUUAUUCAUUCAAUUUAAUGCAUUUUUUUAAGGUAAGUGGUUGCAAUCAAUUUAUUUAAGCUACAUUUAAAAAAUAUUUAUAAUAAAAUAAAAAACUUUUGUUUAAAUGUAGCUUAAAUAAAUUGAUUGCAACCAAUUGCCUUAAAAAAUUUAGUAAAUUGAAUUCAUCUUUUUUUUCAGUGUAAUUGUGGUGUGUAUUUAACUUUAUGAAUCAUUAAAAAAAUUGGGUUGGUAUUUGAGAGAAUGUUAAAGGGUUAGUUUACCCAAAAUGAAAAUGUUGUCAUAAUUUACUAAUUUACUUUCUUUGUUCUUCAGAACCCAAAUGCAGAUAUUUAACUGAUUUUAACUGUUGCCUGUCUUUUAGUGCACAUUCACUAUGCCUAAACAAGUUUUUAAUUGUAGUCGAGUCCAAGUCAAGACCAAAUCCAGAGAUCAAGCGUCAAGUCUGAGUUAGGACCAAGUCCAGAUAAAGCUGGAUGAGGACUCGAUCUUGAGUCGGACUCAAUGCUCGAUCAACACUGGUUUUAGGAUAUUCACGUUUCAAUUGUGUGUAACAACUGAUAUCCAUUGUCUUCAAGACACUUAACUCUUUCCCCGCCAGCGUUU